AUGCCCCGCUUGAAUGACGAGGAUAUACGGAACUAUCUAGAAAAUUUAGACGAUUCUGAAGAUGGUCUCGACGGCUCUGAAUCGGAAAGUGACGAGGAAGACACCUAUUACCAAGCGGCUCGGGAAGUUUUUCGCGACCUGGAGGGUUCAGAUUGCGAAGAGCGUCACAUAGGUGAGAACAUUCAAAGUCCAUCUUCUAACCAGCUCGAUGAUGAUAUGGAUCAUCGCUUUAUUAUGGAAACAGAUCAACAUUUACAAGAACCGACUUCAUCUUCACAUCGCCCUACAAGACCUAUAGUUUGGCGACAACGAAAUCUCAUUACUAGAGAAGAGGAUCUAAAAUUUCAGGGCAAUACUCAAUUGCCAGAAGAACUUACACAAAGGGAGACUCCUUUAGAUUUUUUUACCUAUUUCUUCACGCCAGAUUUGAUAAAACAUACAGUUGAGCAAAAUACAGGAUGGAAUUGGGUGAAACUUUAUGUCGCAUGGGGUUGCAGACUAACGGUACCAAACGGGGACGGCCAAGCAAUUCAUUGCAAAAUGAAAUUGAAGAAAAAAGGCGUAAAGGAGCUACGCAACCAAUACCUGCAAAGGAUGUGA